CGGCUGCUUUCUGCCUGUCACUCGGCCGCGGUGGGUUCCAAGAGAGGGGCAGCCAAGAAGCACAGGACUCUGCCGGCUCGACUGAAGACAUCCAACAGAUAAACCGACAUCGUAUAAACAAUGAAACAGACCUUGUAGGCUUUUUGUCAUAACGCUUGCUGAAUAAAUGUCAUACAUCGCCACGUAGCGGAUAAACGAGGCGCUAGGAACCGGAUCAGGCAGAGAGAGAGAGAGCUGUGUCAUUGAGCAAGGCAGGACACGUCAGGGGAAGAGAGAAGAAAAGCUGACCGACUGCACCGUACGAGUCAGCUCUCGCAUAGCCCUCCUCAAGCCUUCUCUGCCGGGUAGUUUGGUUGAGGACAUCUCAUCUAGUCGAGGCAGAAGACCAGGAACUCGAGGAGACCGUCGCCAGGAUCGAAGCCAAAAGGACCUAACGAUCACGGGUUAGCAUUUGUGUGGGGGAGGAAAACAAAUGGGGGAUUACGGGUUUGGAGUCCUAGUUCAAAACAACACUGGCAACAAGUCUGCAUUCCCGGUCCGACUCCACCCGCAUCUGCAGCCCCCACACCACCACCAGAAUGUGUCGCAGAGCCCUGCUGCCUUCAUAAACAGCACCACAGCCGCGGGGAAUGGCACCACAGGGGGGUCUCCCUGGCUCUUCCCUGCCUCUGCCACCCACAACAGCAUGCAAGACGAAAUCCUCGGGGGCUCGGAAAAGCCCAAAGCACAGCAGCAACAGGAAAUGCAAGAAACGCAGGAGAAGCAGCAGCAGUUGUCCCCCGGGAAUCACCAGGACAGUGGAAGUGGCGGAGGGAUAAUUUCAGAACUGGAGAAGGCCCGCUCGGAGGACGGUAAAGCAGACAACGGCACGCCAGAGGGAACCAACGGGAAAGAGAAACAACUACGCCUCGAGUCUCCGGUCCUGUCGGGCUUUGAUUACCAGGAGACGUCGGGGCUCUGCGGAACGGGCCCCAUCCAGUCCAGUACCGGCUCUUCGUCUCUCACCGGUUUCAACAACUGGUCAGCCGCCAUCCCGCCGGCGCCCUCCACCAUCAUCAACGAGGACGUCAGCUUCUUCAACCCGGCCUCGGCCAGCAACGGCCCGCUGCUGUUCCAGAACUUCUCGCACCACGUCAGCCCCGGCUUCGGUGGAAACUUCUCCCCGCAGAUUGGGCCGGCGGCCGCCGCCUUGUCCCAGCACCACCCGCCCCCACCACCACACCCCCACUUCCAACACCCCCACAACCAGCACCAGCAGCACAGGCGCUCCCCGGCUUCGCCCCACCCUCCGCCCCCCUUCCCACACAGGAAUGCGGCCUUCGGCCAGUUGCCCCAUCUCUCAAACAGCCUCAAUAAGCCCCCCUCCCCCUGGGGCCCGGCCAGCUACCAGAGCCCCUCCCCCUCCCCCGGCUCCUCCACCUCUUGGAGCCCGGGCGGAGGCUACGGCAGCGGGGGGAGUGGCUGGGGAGGAUCCCAGGGAAGAGAGUACCGCCGGGGCCUGAACGGAGGGAUGACCCCAAUCAACUCCAUCUCUCCGCUGAAGAAGACCUUCCCCAACAACCACGUGGCGUCCCAGAAGUACCAGCGGAACAGCCCGGCCGGAUUCAACCCCAAGUCCUGGAUGGACGACGGCGUGGGCCGCACUGACAACAUCUUCCCCUUCCAGGAGCGUACCCGGUCAUUCGAUGGCUUCAACAUGAACACACUGGAGAGUUCCCUGAUCGACAUCAUGAGGGCCGAGCAGGACACCCUGAAAGGUCGUUUGGGGUUCCCCCACCCAGGAGCCGAGAGCCCUCUACCCCUCAAUGCCAGGAAUUAUGGCCGGAGACGAGGCCACUCCUCCCUGUUCCCCAUGGAAGACGGUUUCCCUGACGACGAGCGUGGCGACCAAGGCCUGGCCGGCCUGGGGUCCCCUCACUGCUUCCCUCACCAGAACGGCGAGCGAGUGGAGCGCUACUCUCGCAAGGUCUUCGUGGGAGGCCUGCCCCCGGACAUAGACGAAGAUGAGAUCACUGCCAGUUUCCGCCGUUUCGGUCACCUGUUUGUGGACUGGCCUCACAAAGCAGAGAGCAAGUCCUAUUUCCCUCCCAAAGGUUAUGCCUUCCUGCUGUUCCAGGACGAGAGCUCCGUCCAGGCCCUGAUCGAGGCCUGCAUCGAGGAGGACGGGAAGCUCUAUCUGUGUGUGUCCAGCCCCACCAUCAAAGAUAAGCCGGUCCAGAUCCGCCCCUGGAACCUGAACGACAGCGACUUUGUGAUGGACGGCUCCCAGCCCUUGGACCCCCGCAAGACCAUCUUUGUGGGCGGUGUCCCACGCCCGCUCCGCGCAGUGGAGCUUGCCAUGAUCAUGGACCGCCUGUACGGGGGCGUCUGCUACGCGGGCAUCGACACGGACCCGGAGCUGAAGUAUCCCAAGGGAGCGGGCCGCGUGGCCUUCUCUAACCAGCAGAGCUACAUCGCCGCUAUCAGCGCCCGCUUCGUCCAGCUGCAGCACGGAGAGAUAGACAAACGGGUGGAAGUGAAGCCAUACGUGCUCGACGACCAGCUGUGCGACGAGUGCCAGGGGACGCGCUGCGGCGGCAAGUUCGCCCCCUUCUUCUGCGCCAACGUCACCUGCCUGCAGUACUACUGCGAGUACUGCUGGGCGGCCAUCCACUCCCGGGCCGGCCGCGAGUUCCACAAGCCCCUGGUGAAGGAGGGAGGCGACCGCCCGCGCCACAUCUCCUUCCGCUGGAACUGAUCAGCAGGGGGCGCCACUGCCGCCGACGCGGAGACAGAGGGAGAGGCAACAGGAGAGGAGAAGGGGAGGUAGCGUAGGAGUCGCUAAUCAUUGUACAAAUAAAUGCACUUUUCUGUUGCUGGUUCCUUUUUAGCUCUAGUGUCACAGAGGCUUACGUUUAGUUUUGAGUUUGUUUUGUUCUUUGGGUUUAUUUUAAGUAAAUAUAUAUAAAUAUAUCUAUAUUUUUUAGCGUAGAGCAAAACGCCGUUAAAAACUGGAAUAUAUCCAAAUAUGUUCAGCAAGGAGAAAAAAAAAGAUGUAAUAUAAUUUAAUUUAUCCAUUUGAUUUUAUUUUUUUAUAUAUAUAUAAGAUACCUGCUCUUUUAAUUGGCAAUUGAUUGGCCAUGUCUUUCUAAAAGGUAAUUUGAGAUAAGAGCCAGAGUACAUAACAUUUUUUGGGGGUAUGAUUGACAACAAAAUCAAAUUCAUUUUUUAAUUAACUCCCAACAGCGGUCUAAUUUAGAUUGGAUUGAUUUCCAACUAACUAUUUAUUUUUUUGAUUCAUUUUUUUUAAUACUGAAGGCUCCAGAGCAAAUGUGAAUUAAAAAGGUGUUGCUAAAGAAGAGUGCACUUAUUUCCUGUCAACAAAGUGCAAACACAUCAUAUUAGACCCGUAGUAGUUAACCAAAGCAGAAUCUCGAAGACGCCAUUCGAGAAUUAGGAAGGGCAAACUAGACGGAUCCUUCAUUCCUCCCAGAUCAAACUGUUUCCACCGACACGACGCAACACAGUUUGAUGUUACUUGAAAGCGUAGUAAAAAGAUAAAAACCACAGCUAUACAAAUUUGGGUUUCGAUCUCCAUUUUGACAUGCAAAAACUAAUACCUCAAACUCAGCUGCUAUAUGUGCCGACUACAAUUAGAAAUGAGAGCAGACAAGGAAACAAACAAAAGCCCGCUGAUGUUCUCCUUCCCUUGGGACCACAAUCAAAGGGAAACGACGCGAGCAGGGCGGAGCGCGAUGUCAUUGGCACAGUUUUUGUACACACUGCUUUGUCACUUCCUUAUUUUUGUAAGUCAACCCAGGGUUAUGCUAGGGACAGAACGGAGCAUUGUGCAGUGUACAGUGUAUUAUAGGAAUGUACCGAACAGAAAACAAACUACAGAGAGCUGGAGAAGGCUUGACGGAUGGUCUACAGAAUGAUAGACCAUCCAUGGUCUAGAGAAUGAUAGACCCCACCCCCCCCCCCCCCCCCCGUUCCUAAGCUAGCUGCUAAGAUGGCUGCUCAGCCAGCUGCUAGCAGAGAUGCAGGGCGUGUAGUUGUGGUCAAGACGGAUGGUUCUCCCCCUGUCUGUCUUGGUGGGAGGGGAUAUAAGUUUAAUAUUAAGGGUAGCGAUGCAGUUUCACAACAGGGCUCCAAGCUGAUAAAGGCAUGCCUAUUUUAUUUCACCCCUCCCCCCUCCCCAUACAACAUAUUUGUGCAAUUGCCACCACCUGUUCACCCAAUACUGUAUUUUUGCAUUCAACCUCUUCAAAAGCAAACCAGGCCCAUAUGAUUGAGUCAUGAGAGGGGGUCUGCCCCUUUGAGUGAACACUCCGACCCCCCCCCCCCCCACCCCUAAGCAGUCAUCCCAUCGACCUACUCAGCAUCCAGUGUUACGAAGCAUAAAUGAAGAUAGUCCUCUGCAAUGUGUUCUACUACUACUAACUACUACUGCAUGCGUUUGACCCCCCCCCACCCUGCAGUUGGGAAACCCCCCUGCAGGUGAUGACAGGUUGUACCUAGUGGCUUCAGGUAACCAAAGAGAUGAGGCGUAGUAGUAGAUCAUACUGUAGCGCAUUUCCUACUCUUUUUCUCUACACUUUCUCUUAUUUUUCUUUCUUGGGUUUAUCUUUUUUUAAUAUAUAUAUAUCUUUCAAGUUGUUUUUCCAUUAUUUUCGCUUUCUUCUUGGGAUCGGACGGACUCCAGCUAACCAAAGAUUGGCCUUGAGUACCGAGCGGUAAACACGCUAGCUUACAGAGUGCGGCCCGUCAGCUCGCAGGCCUCUCUGCAGCCUCUUGACUUUCAGACGCAGCCAUUUGUUAAUUUUCCGUAUCAUAAAAUAUUGUUUGUCGAACUUUAAAAAACACACACGCACAGAAGAAAAACUACGAAUCAAAAAAAAAAGUAGCUAACCCCCAUUUGUUUGAAGGUUGUUGUUCUAUUGUUUAAGUCACUCAGUUGUUUCCAAAUCUGCGAGCUUAGCUAUGUCAGGGAGUUUGUCCAGAAAUAGAAACUUGAUUACUCUACACACUAGUGAGAAACGUGUACGUGGGCCAGCGUGACAUUGUGCUGUCGCACCAGUUCUGCACCCUGGAAGGUGAGCAUUUUAGAAGUUCAAACACUUUGUGAAGAAUUUGCUGUUAAAUGCGAUUUGAGAAAAAAAAAGAUUAUUUUAUACAUGGCCUGCUGAUUUUUUGGUACAGUGUUUUCUAGCUAAAUUAUUUUGUCAUGCACAUAUAAACAUUUAUUAUGCACUACUUUUCUAAAUAUUUUUUUUUUCUUUUUCCAGCAGUCAUUUUAGGCACAUUUUUCACAAAUGGGGAAACUCCUUUUUGCAAUACCUCAAUUUUUCACAUUGUGAAAGGUAGCUUUUGUACUUUUGUUACUGAGAGAUCUGCGUAUAUGGAAAAUGUUCAUUUAAAAGAAAGUUGAGUGAUUUCAAUAAAUAUUAUUUUCAAUUAUGCUUUUUAUACAUUUCAGUGCUGAGGAAUCUUUGACAGCUUAGUGCGCACUCGUGUGGACGCGCCUUUGACCCUGAACAGAGGACACCAAAUUGUGGCUCUCCUGGUCUUGAGCUUUCAUACACUAGCUGUUUCCAGGCAAUCUGGGGGACGACAGCAUGGCAAGAAAUAAUUUCUAAUUUGAAUUGAUGUGAUGUCUCUAAAAUGGCUGCCCUAGUUGGAAAAAUAGUACCUUGGUCUUGGUUUCCUCUCCUUUCUUGGAAUAUGACUUACUAUAAGGAGAAUGCAAAAUUCGGUUCGCGCUCGACGCUGAAUCUCGUAUCACACGAAUGGAUGUUUGGUGUUUAGAUAUUUUAAUAUUUGAAAAAAAAAAUAAUAUAAACAUAUAUAUUAUAUAUAUUCUUGAACUUGCCAACUAGCUCCUAUUGUAAUCUGUAGCAUGCAUGACAAAAAAAAGAGAAAAAUGACAAGUACAUGAAUUAGCUAUUGAAAAUUAAUUGUUGUGGUGUGGUGUGCACCAAAUGUUUCUCAGUUAUUACGUUAAGGACAACCCUAAUGCAACUCUCGCCUCACUUCCCGCAAACCCCCCCCCCCCCGCCCCCCACGGCGUCCUCGGGCCCCCGCUUCUCCCAUCGCAGACCUCUGCAAGAUGCACAGAGAAAGAAUUAACUAAUUAAUGGUAAAACAAAGUAUGAGAGACAAAAAAAUACUAAUAAUCCGCUACAGGGAGAUUUGGCAGUGCAACACUUUGAGCAUAUUUAUAGGACACUGUGGAGAAGACUGGAGUAACCCCCGCUGUUUUGUGGAGUUGAUCUUAUAGACCUAUCUAGAGGAAGGGGAGUUUGAAGACUUGAAUGUGGUAAAUGUUGCAAGUAAACUUCAAGUUGUUAUGUGCAAUACUUCUUUUGAACCUUUUUCCAGAUAAAGACUCUUUGCAAUGUAAUUCUUUAAUGCCAUUUUUAAUUGCAGACAUUAAUUGAAGAAGAUGUUAAUAUGUUUUUCACAGUCAUUUUCUACUGUUAUUGUAAUCCUUUUCAUGCUGGUGUUUGUAAAAAGAAAAAUAAAUCAAACUAUUUGUACUAAUAUAAAUAAUUGAAGUUAUUUUUAAAACAUUAAGGUUUUUGUGCUCAUUUGCUUAUUUUGUUUAUUUCAAGCUACUGUGAUUGAUUGCAUUGUAAUUAAUAGGUCAACAAUGUAUUUAGCUGUUUAUUGGUAUAUUUUUAAUUGGAAUGUAUAAUUGAUUUUUAUAAUUUGGAUCAGAUUUUUGUUAUAUUUUUGAGGUGAAGCUUUUAAUAUGUUAAAGUGUCUAGUUUCUACUAAUUGCUAUAUUGUGCUCCACAAUAUAUGGUUCACAUUUUCUGAAGGAAAAUAAAUAUUUAAAUAUUUGUCUGUUAAUGAUGUUACUUAAUGGUAAAAAUUUCAAUAGUUUUUAACUGUGUAUGGGAAGGUUGUUGUAUUUAUUAAUAGCAUUUUUUACUUAAGAUAUCACCUUAAUUUUUAUUGUCAUUUCACUUUAUAAGUUCCUAUUUUUGUAUUUUCCUUUCUAAUUAAUUUAUGUAAUACAAAAUAUUAUGUCCAUAUUUCUAGGAGUUGGUCUGUACAAGUGCUAGUGAAACAACAACAAAAAAAAGAAAAAUCUAAUGUUAUUUAAUUGUUUGCAGCCAACUAUUUAUAACAGUAUGCAUAAUUUUUCAAUAUUUGUAAUGUGAAAUGUUGAAUGAAAUAAAACUUAACUGUGAUGAA